GGAGCGCGCAAGCGGGGGUGGUCCGGUCCGGAGACUUACCUCCUUUCCUCGCUUCUUCUUCGUCUUGUUCUUGUUCUCAGUGCUGCUUGCUUGCGGUUCCUUUCUCGCUGCCUCCACCACGCGAGUUUGAAGAGCAAAAGGACGACCAGGAGCGAGUGGAAAGGGGGCCGUGUUCCUGUGGAUCCCCGUCUCUUCGAUAUUUUGGGGGAUUAAAAAUCACGCCGAACCGCAGCGUUGACGGCCGAGCGCCAGCAGGGCCCACGAUGUCCAGUGAAGUGCAAAGACCGGACGAUAGCCCCAGCACCAGCGGCGGCAGCUCGGACAUCGAGCAGCGCGAGUCGUCGGUACCAACCGAGCAGGAGCGCGAGCAAGCGCAGCCCAAAAAGAAGGAAACAAAGAUUUCUAGUAAAACCGCUGCUAAGCUGUCGACGAGUGCCAAGAGGAUUCAGAAGGAACUGGCUGAAAUUACAUUAGACCCUCCUCCAAAUUGCAGUGCCGGCCCCAAAGGAGACAACAUCUACGAGUGGAGGUCCACCAUCUUGGGACCGCCGGGCUCCGUGUACGAAGGAGGCGUCUUCUUCCUGGACAUCGCCUUCACGCCCGACUACCCCUUCAAACCCCCCAAGGUGACGUUCCGCACUCGGAUCUACCACUGCAACAUCAACAGUCAGGGCGUGAUCUGUCUGGACAUCUUGAAGGACAAUUGGAGCCCCGCCCUCACCAUCUCCAAGGUGCUGCUGUCCAUCUGCUCCCUGCUCACAGACUGCAACCCAGCCGACCCCCUGGUGGGAAGCAUCGCCACACAGUACCUGACCAACAGAACCGAGCAUGACAGGAUAGCCAAGCAGUGGACCAAGAGAUAUGCCACAUAGACACACGCACGCAGACACACAUUUGAGCCUCGCUCUCCCCCCCUUCUUCCUCUUCUUCCUCGUCACUCUGCCACUCUACCUCUUUCCCCCCCCAUGUUCCGUCAAAGCACACUCACUAAGUGCAUCGCUGUACCCGGGCCCUCCUCUUCUUCUUCCUCCUCCUCCUCCUCUUCCUCCACCCCAAACAUUUUAUGGGUUUAAAAAUUUAGAAAACACACAACACACAAAAAUCCUCUUUUUUUUGUUGUUGUUCCUUGUUGACUUGAAAGCUUCUUUUUUAUACAAAGAUUAGUCGAUUGGGGGAUUUUUAUUUUCCAAUAAGUGAUUGUUGGAAGUUAUUGUAUUGGAAAUUUAAGACAAACUCAUGCACAGCGUUAUAAGCAGGGGUGCACACGAGGGAAAAUGUUAAGUUCAUAAGUGUUUCCAGUUGCUGCGCGGUUGUGUACCUCGUGUUUUGCUCUUUUUUUUUUUUUUUUAUGUGGGAAGGAGCGGUAGCAUUGUGUUGUUUGUAAACAACUUUUCUGAAUCUUUUGAUUUGAACUGCAAGUGCAAAUAUUUUGGAGACUAGUUUGAAUGGCGCCCAGUACAAGUUCUCCUUCUUUACUAUUGUUGACGCUUAUACUGUUUUAAAGUAAGCACACAAACCUUACAACUAAAA